AUGCUGCAAGGCCCUGGUGCAUUCCUUGAGACGUCCGAUCUUGCUGAAAGGCCCAUUAAUGGGAUUCUGGUACCAUUCUGGAUGGCGAAGAAACAGCAGCAAGGUGUCCCACUUGAUCAACCAUGCAUUCUGCAGCUCGAUUGCUGGGUAAUUCAUCGCUCUAUCGCAUUUCGCACCUGGCUUGAUGCCAACCACCCUUGGAUCCAUUAUUGUUUUGUCCCUGCCGGUACAACUGGUGUUGCACAGCUGUUACGACGUCCCUGCGACGUCGGCAUUCAACGAUCCCUCAAACUGGCUAUAAAGGAGCUGCAGCACAAAGAUAUUGUUUCAGAAACUCUAUCACAACUCACGGCUGGAAAGACCCCAGAUGACCUUCGACUUGACGUGACAAAACCAACGCUCCGUGAUCGGCGAUCGCUCUGUGCGGUGGUUCAUCGAGGCCUUCAAGCUCCUCAACAAGCCUGGCAUCAUACAAAAGGUGAGAUUAGUUCUGUUCAGCAAAGUUGA